AUGGCCAACAACCUUGAAUCCGCCCUCCCCAUUUCUGCCCUGGGCAGCUGGAUGGAAGAUCUCUACGCCCGAAUCUUCGCUCAACCAGAUGAUGAAGUCUCAGAAAAUACCAUAAAAAAGUGCAUUGCAGAAGACUUUACAGCCAGGAUCAACCAUGAUCACUUCACGCGACAGUCAUUCCACGAUAUCAUCAUGAAGUUCCGUGUCGAUAACAAGACGACUAUUCACGAAACAAAGGAGCUUCAAUCUUGGGAUGCGCCCGAUGACUCAGGUGCUGGCUGCGUCUCCCAGUAUCUUCGCUUUACCGACUCCAACAAGGAGACUGGCGUUGGUAGCACGUAUUCUACGUUGCUGAUUGCUAGCAUCAAGGUUGUUGACGGAAGGAAAAUGCUGGUUGAACUGACUGAGGUAAUGAAGGCAGCUGCUUAG